GGUUGGAUGAAGGACGUGAAUCGUGUGAAAGACAUGCUGCACACGAAAGUAACCGGAUUGGUACACGACGCGCAAUGCGUCAGCAAACAGGUAGAGCACUACGAGUUGGAAGAAGACAAGGACAGGCCGGGACGCUUGAUAGUCAGGCGGCCGCUGUUGAGUGAACGCCUACUGCCCUACCAGCCGUGGAACCUUUCCUCUCACGACGACUUCAGUGCGCUGUGCGAGGAGCGGCAGCCAGAGGCACCAGAAAUGUUCAGCCUCGCUGACACACUGUACGCCUACUAUCGUUUCAACUGGUACACUGUAGCUGUGUACGUCGAUAUGCUCUACGAAGAUGAUUUCAAGACUGUAGAUGAGGAGUGGCAGCUGGAGGACAGAAGCAGCGCUACGCUCUCCGUGGACACUGACUGUGUGCAGCUGUUGGCGAGCGCCCUGGACCACCCCACGUGUCCGCUGGAAGACCUGCCACCAGAGACCAUCCAGCAGCGCCUACAGUGCCGCGAGCAGCUGUGGGACGACGUGGUGCAGAGGUCGCCCCACAUACCCGUGACCAGCUACCUGGCCUACACGCAGAGGAUAAACGUCAACCUCUGUCUGCUGGCCUGGAUGGCAGUCAACUCGUACAGCAUUUGUCAGGGCGUCCCGUUUAGUAUGAUACAGUCCGUGAGAGAUGCUCGCUGCUACUUCGAUAGUCCUGACGAUCAAUCGUGUCUGGAAUCGAACGCUACAGAUGCCAUCUGCUCUGUUUCCAGAGCUAUUCUGCUGCUGAAAUGUCGCGACUUUUCCUCCACUACGGCUUCCGAUAAUUGCAUCAUUUAUUACCCAUUUACACAGCUACUUAGUUCUAGCAGCAUACUGAAUCCAAAGCUAACAGAAGAAACACCGCACCGCACAAACCGUUUAAAGAACAACUUGAAAUACAAGGAUUUCAAAAUCGAUAGCUUAAAGCCUUUAGAAAUCUCAUUUAUACUGGUAAACAUUAUUUUCCGCUUUUCGACAGCCGGAGUAUACAUGUACCUUCCCCAGUUACGUAACUUGCCUGGAAAGAUACUCUUGUCCUUUCAGAUCACAUGCAUAAUCCAGAUCCUGUGUUCUGAGGUCGUGUAUCGUAUGGCAGGUUUCCCUGACUUACCUACAGCAGUGCUGGUAGAUAGCGCCCUCACACUUCUCAGCUGUAUCUGGCUAAACUCAUUCUGCUACCAGAUGUAUGCUUGUGUUCGUCAUCUCAGGCUUCCUAACGACCUACUACCUGCUGAAGUAAGCAAGUUAUUCCGUCGUCAGGUGUUGUACGUGUUAAUACCGUGGAGUAUAGUGUGUGUGGCAGCUGUUGCUUUGGAAAAGACGAGUAAAUAUUACUUGAUCCACAGUCGUGUGCUAGUCCUUGUGGGCAUUUGUCUGUCAGUGGCUUUCGAUUUGGUUUGUUUCGGACUGGUUGGAUACAUGUACCUACGUAAUCGGUAUUCCAUGCGGCAACUCAAAAUUGUUGAUAACAAUAAAUUUGCCUCAAAGAAGCAAUGUAUUUUUAUGUCAGUUAAGGCUGUUAUCGUAACUGGAAUAGGUGUUACAGUUAGAAUUGGGUUCCACCAGGCUCAAGGAAUUGCGCAGUUUGUCUAUUACGUACAUCUAGUUACAAUGCUGCAAGGACCAGUGCUCUUCGUCUGUUUCGUUUGUAAUGGAACGACGCUCCCCAUACUGAAGAACAGGAUACUAGCGUGGUUUAACCCAACUAACAUCCCUGCAGGGGGACACCUCUGCUCAGCAGCUGAGAGGAAUCUGGCCAGGAGAAACAAUGAGCAGUCUCUGGUUGCAGAAUCCUCUCUGUAGCCUCCUUCAGUAUUUUUCUCCAGUAACUGUCUUGACAGUAGAUUGCAUUAAAGCCUGCAAUAAAAAUGAAAUCUAUCUAAUAUGACAA